AUGGUCCUCACUGUGUCCCCUCUGAUCCCUGCCGUCUAUGCCAAUACAGGCGGGGGAGAGCAGCGGGGAUUGGAAGGGACACAGCGGGACAUGCAGGGGAACAGACUGCCGGUGAUCAGUGGGGAGGAUGAAGCGGCAGACAUGGAGAGUGCAGAAAACCAGAAUGUCACUGGCAGACUUUUGGUUGGCUUACGCUGGUGCAACCAGAUUGAUGAAGAUGGGAAAAGUCAUUGGAUUUUUGAAGCCAAAAAGGCAUCACUCAAUAAUUCAGCAUCAACGGAGGUUGAAGCCCGAAUCUUCUGGUUGGGUUUAAUUAUUUGCCCCAUAAUAUGGACUAUUUUCUUCUUCAGCACAUUGUUUUCUCUGAAGUUAAAAUGGCUGGCGCUUGCGAUUGCUGGCAUCUCUCUUCAGUCUGCAAACCUUUAUGGCUAUAUCCAUUGUAAAACUGGAGGACAAAAAAAUGUUGGAAGGGCAGCUUCUAGGUUCCUGUCCCAACAACUCUUCCAGCGGACUCUCUGAAAGAAGUACACAACUCUAUCCGAGGGGCCACGGCUAUAUGAAUAUUUCCAUUACAAGGAAAGACCUAUUACAGAAUAAUGUGUGAAAUAUCGUGCCUUAUGUUCAUUUUAUAAG